GGGCCGCCAGCGCGGCGCGGCCGCGGCGCUCGAGUUCCGCCGCUGCCGGGGCCGCCGCUGGCCGUCCCCGCCUCCCCCUGCCCACCGCCCCGGCCCCUUCCCCCGCCGGGGCCCCUCGGCCCCACCAUGGCCACCAGGAAGGCGGGUUCGCGGCUGGAGACGGAGAUCGAGCGGUGCCGCUCGGAGUGCCAGUGGGAGCGGAUUCCCGAGCUCGUCAAGCAGCUCUCGGCCAAGCUCAUCGCGAACGAUGACAUGGCAGAGCUUCUUCUUGGGGAGUCCAAACUAGAACAAUUUUUGAAGGAAAAUACUCUUAAACACAGUAAUAGUCCCCGGGGCCCCCAGCCAAAGCUGACUGAGGUCAGGAAACAUCUCACAGCAGCACUUGACAGAGGAAAUCUCAAGUCAGAAUUCCUACAAGAAGCUAACCUAAUAAUGGCCAAAUUAAACUAUGUGGAAGGUAAUUACAAAGAAGCUCUGAACACUUAUGCCAGAGUUGGAGUUGAUGACUUGCCUCUGGUUGCAGUGCCACCCUAUCGGCUACGGAUGAUUGCUGAAGCACAUUCUACAAAAGGUCUCUGUCUUGAGAAGCUGCCAGUGUCUUCCUCAGUGAGCAACCUCCAUGCGGACCGUGAACAAGAAAUUGUUACAUGCUAUGAGAAGGCUGGGGAUAUUGCUCUCCUGUAUCUUCAGGACAUAGAAAGGGCAGUUAAUGCCAACAUACAAAACAGAAGCCCUAAGCCAGGGCCCACUGCACAUGAACAAGAGCUUGGUUUUUUCUUGGAAACAGGACUUCAAAGAGCACAUGUUUUAUAUUUCAAGAAUGGGAACUUGACGAGAGGAGUUGGUAGAUUUAGAGAGUUACUAAGAGCUGUCGAAACAAGAACUACACAAAACCUGAGAAUGACAAUAGCGAGACAACUUGCAGAAAUUUUGUUACGAGGUAUGUGUGAACAGAGUUACUGGAAUCCACUGGAAGAUCCUCCUCACCAAUCACCCCUUGAUGAUCCACUUCGAAAAGGUUCCAGUGCUAAGAAUUACACGCUCGCUAAAAGACCACGGGUAUACACUGGAGAAAACAUCUUCUGUCCUCAAGAAAAUACAGAAGAAGCCUUACUGUUGCUGCUUAUUAGUGAAUCUAUGGCUAACCGUGAUGCUGUUCUGAGCAGAAUACCAGAACACAAGAAUGAUCGGAUCAUCAGUUUGCAAAGUGCAUCUGUAGUCUACGAUUUACUUACAAUAGCCUUGGGGAGAAGAGGCCAGUAUGAAAUGCUUUCAGAGUGUUUAGAAAGAGCCAUGAAGUUUGCGUUUGAAGAGUUCCAUCUCUGGUAUCAGUUUGCAUUGUCCUUGAUGGCAGCAGGAAAAUCUGCUCGAGCUGUUAAAGUCUUGAAGGAAUGUAUACGUUUGAAACCAGAUGAUGCAACUAUUCCACUGCUUGCUGCAAAGCUCUGCAUGGGAUCUCUGCACUGGUUGGAAGAAGCUGAAAGAUUUGCCACAGCAGUUGUUGAUCUUGGGGACAAAACAUCAGAGUUCAAAGCAAAAGGCUACUUGGCACUGGGAUUGACUUACAGUCUGCAGGCUACUGAUGCAUCUUUGCGAGGGAUGCAAGAGGUCUUGCAGAGAAAGGCUCUUCUUGCAUUUCAGAGGGCUCACAGUUUGUCUCCAACGGAUCAUUUGGCUGCAUUUUACUUGGCACUGCAGCUUGCCAUAUCCAGACAGAUACCAGAAGCUUUGGGUUAUGUUCGUCAGGCUCUGCAGCUACAAGGAGAUGAUGCCAACUCUCUUCAUCUCCUUGCACUCUUGCUAUCAGCCCAGAAACACUAUCAUGAUGCUUUGAAUAUCAUUGAUAUGGCCUUGAGUGAAUAUCCAGAAAAUUUUAUAUUACUGUUUACAAAAGUCAAAUUGGAGUCCCUGUCCAGAGGCCCAGAUGAAGCACUCCUUACCUGUAAACACAUGCUCCAGAUUUGGAAAUCCUGCUACAAUCUAACUAACCCAAGUGAUUCUGGACGUGGGAGCAGCUUGUUAGACAGAGCUAUUGCUGAUAGACGACAGCUUAAUACAAUUACAUUGCCAGAUUUCAGUGAUCCUGAAACAGGUUCAGUCCAUGCCACAUCAAUAGCAGCUUCCAGAGUGGAGCAAGCAUUGUCUGAGGUUGCUUCUUCUCUGCAAAGCAGUGCCCCUAAACAAGGUCCCCUGCAUCCCUGGAUGACUCUGGCUCAAAUAUGGCUUCAUGCAGCUGAAGUCUACAUAGGAAUUGGGAAGCCUGCUGAGGCCACAGCAUGUACCCAGGAAGCAGCUAAUCUCUUUCCAGUGUCACAUUAUGUUCUCUACAUGAGGGGUCAGGUGGCUGAACUGCGUGGAAAUAUUGAUGAAGCCAAACGCUGGUAUGAAGAGGCCUUAUCCAUUAGUCCUACCCAUGUGAAAAGCAUGCAGAGGCUGGCUCUGAUACUUCACCAGCUCGGGCGCUAUAGCUUAGCAGAGAAGAUCCUCAGAGACGCUGUCCAGGUGAACUCCACAGCGCACGAGGUGUGGAACAGCCUGGGGGAGGUGCUGCAGGCUCAAGGCAAUGACGACGCCGCGACCGAAUGCUUCCUGACGGCGCUGGAGCUGGAGGCCAGCAGCCCCGUGGUCCCUUUCACCAUCAUCCCCAGGGUCCUGUGAGACCAGCUCUCGGUCUUGACUUCUGGGUGAGCUAACCCAGCGUAGGAGACUGCCUGGUGACUGGUUAAUUUGAGGAACUUUAGAGCUACAGGUAACAAACUCCACUCUUUUGCAGGAACGUGGCCAAAGCAGGGAGGUGCCACCAUUUGUUCAUGUCAGACUGAGAGGACAGAGUGUAAGCCAGAGCCAAAUCACUCAUAUCGCCUGCAGUUUUGCCCUGGUAGUUUUAAAACAUCAUUAUAUUGUUCAUGGAUGAUGUGCCAUAUUUUGUUAGUGAAACUUGAGUGUUACAUAAAAUUAUAAUGGAAUCAACUACCAAUUGUAGAAUAAGUUAAGAUUCAGUGGCAAAGCAGACUAUUUUUAACAAGGCUGUUAAUAAAACUGUUCUCUUCCUGCCUCUCAACCUCUUUUGGCCCAAAGUAAAAAUGUGAAUUUUCUGUUUCCAUCUCUAUUUUUGUCCAGGCCAGAAACUGAGUUGACUUUUUGUUUUUAGUUGUUAAUAACUGUGAUGUGUGGCUAACUGUUAUCUAGAGCAAAGGCUGAGUACAAGAAUAUUUAUAUUUUACCAAUGUAUGCCUGUUACAAAAAAUAUAUUAGUUAUUUAAGUUUAACUUUUUUAUGUGAAUUCAGAGUUUAUUUAUCAAUGGAAAUAUGUAAAAAGAAGCCUCAAAUGGAAUAUUUACCGACAUUCCUUAUACAUGAACCCACACUUGGCUAAAUGGGAAGAUUAUGUUAAUAAUAAAAUGAUUUUUAAAUGGAA